AUACUAAGCUACUUUCAUUCUCGUUUCAGCUACCGCCAGCAAACCCCUCCCUCGUUUCUCACUCUCUCUCAGCCGACUGUUGCGCCAGCAGUCAGCAAUUAACACCAACACCAACAACAACAAUAAUAAUAAUCGUAACAAUAACAACAACAUCGUUAUAUUAAAAAGCAGGAGCAGCCACGACCCAGUUGACUGAAAAGAAGGGGAAAAAAAAUCCACUGGCAAUUUAAAAGUGCUUGGGUGAGAGAGAGAAGAAUGGCGACUCUACUAUACUCAAAGUUGAGAAGGGUUUCCUUCUCCCCAAGCUGAUUCUGGUGCCGUUUUUUAAUACCAAAGUCCUCACCAGACCGAAAUAUCUACCCCUCAUAGAUAUAACCGUAUAUAGAAACACAGAUUUAUACAUAUAUAUAUCUGUAUUAAAGAGAAAAACAGCCGUGAUUUACGUCUAAAGUGCAGUUCUUUUUUUAUUUUUAAUAUUAUUUCAUCGUUCGUACACACAACUACCUUUUUGGAUAUGUCUACCACGCAGGGUGAUUUGUCGGCCCUUGGGCCUCCGCCAUCCUAUGAUUCUGUUAUGCAAGGUGAAGCCUACUCUGGUGUUCCAGCGCAUGGCCCUUACCAGCCAGCUCCCCCAUAUUCUCAGAUUCCUGGUUAUAGCACACAUCCUCAACAACCUUACAACCCAUCAAAUAUUGGCUUUACACCAUAUGGAGUACCACCACAGCAAACAGUACCACCCAUGGUAGUGACAGGGCAACCAUCACAUGUUCAAACCUACCCAACAACAGUUAUUGAUUCCACCGGACAAGGAGCACAAGCAGUACCAAACCACAGCCGACGACGAAUCAUGGCCAUCCUCCUUGUUAUCUUUCUGCCGCUCUGCCUUUUUAUAUUCAUAUACCUUCUUUUUUGAUCCCCUCAACAACCUGGACCCAUUUCCUUCGUCCCCCAAAGACAUUUUACGUUUUGUUAUCGAUGAACCUCAUAUAAAGGGCUUUGUGGCUGUUUUGUUAUUUGCCCUCCUCCUCUCUCUCUUUACCCCCUUCUGUUGGUACCCCUACAUCACUACAUUGCCUUGUCUGGUUAUUUAAAACUGUGAAUGCUAUUCUGUGUGACAUGGUGACUAUAAUGUGUAACAUAAAUAGAAUGAUCUGUGACAGAACACAUCAGACAUUGAACAAUUAUGUUACAAGUCAUUACAAUCUGUUACACUAUGUUACAUCAUAUACAAGUCACAAUGAUCUAUUACAAACUUUGUCAUGUUACAAGUCACUAUGAUUUGCUACAAACAGUCUCCUGUUACAAGUCACUGUGGUCUGUUAAAAAUGACUGAUUUAUAAUACUGUUGGAAGUCACUAUGAUGUUACACAAUGGCAUGUUACAGCUCUAUGAUCUGAUACACACCACAUUGUUUCAAGUCACUAUGAUUUGCUACAAACAGUCUCCUGUUACAAGUCACUGUGGUCUGUUAAAAAUGACUGAUUUAUAAUACUGUUGGAAGUCACUAUGAUGUUACACAAUGGCAUGUUACAGCUCUAUGAUCUGAUACACACCACAUUGUUUCAAGUCACUAUGAUUUGCUACAAACAGUCUCCUGUUACAAGUCACUGUGGUCUGUUAAAAAUAACUGAUUUAUAAUACUGUUGGAAGUCACUAUGAUGUUACACAAUGGCAUGUUACAGCUCUAUGAUCUGAUACACACCACAUUGUUUCAAGUCACUAUGAUUUGCUACAAACAGUCUCCUGUUACAAGUCACUGUGGUCUGUUAAAAAUGACUGAUUUAUAAUACUGUUGGAAGUCACUAUGAUGUUACACAAUGGCAUGUUACAGCUCUAUGAUCUGAUACACACCAUAUAGUUUCAAGUUGCAAUGGAUCUGUUAAACUGUUACAAGUUGCUACAAUGUGUUACAUAUGCUACAGCUCACCAUAGUCUGCUACAAACUGUAUUAUGUUACAAGUCACUAGUCACCAUGAUCAGUUACAGACCAUGUUACAUUGCAAGUCACUAUGAUUUUUUGCAAUAUAUUCUGUUACAAGUCAGUGAUCUGUGACACAGUGGUAUAUUACAAGUCACUAUGACCUGUUAACAUACCAUGUUACAAAUCGUUGUGACCUAAUACAUACCAUGUUAUGUUACAAGCUAUGGUGGUCUGGUACAUACCAUGUUACAAGUCACAGCACUCUAUCUCUACAUCUUGACAUUCAAUAUGAUUAGAAUAUGGUUUAUCUCUUCUGAAUUACGGUUUUGUGACUGAAACAUUGCGACCUGUAUGUAAUGAGUAACAACUUCACACACACACAGGAUUAGUUGCCUCAGCAGAUUCAGUGAGACCAAAUCAUAUAAUGGUAGAUGGAAACUGUGUGGAAGCCUGUCAUGUAACUACACAUGCACACAUACAUAUAUAUGUGUGUGUGUGUGUCUCUAUCAAUGUGUAGGUGUCUUUGUGCCUGCGAUUGCACCCCACCCACUAAUUUACAAUUGGUGUUGGUUCAUUUGCAUCCUAGUAGCUUAGCAGUUUUGCUGAAAAGACUAUAGAAUAAGUAUCAUCAAUCAAAAAAAAAAAAAAUUACUGGGGUCAAUUUGUUUGACUGAAAUCCUUUCAAGGUAGUGCCCCAGCAAGGCCACAGUCCCUAGACUGAAACAAGUAAAAGAGGGAAGAUUUCGUUUCAUUGAUUUUUGUAAAUAACUUCCUAAACUGAAUCAAAACAAACCAAAAAAAUGAUUGCUUGACUUAUUGGUAUCAUAUUUCUCAGACACACUCCAACUGCUUGAUCCUUAAAUAUACUGUGUCCACUCUCUGACUUUUCAAUGGUCACUACUACCAUGGCGGUAGUUAUUCCUUACUGCUGAAAGCCUCCUAUAAUCUCAUCUCGGGCUUUACUUACUUGCUUAUCUCUCCUUCUCCUUGUCUCCCAUAUUGCCUACCUGAAAUAACCAUUGUCCCCACUCACCAUCUUGAGAAUCACUGCUCUACAUGGUUGCUCAACCUGCUAGAAAUAGCAGUCACAACCAUAUCUCCCUCACGCCACACUCUGCUGCCUUAUAAAAGGGAGAAAUGCACAUUAGACAAUGAGGCACUAGACGGUGUAGGUCACUAUUGGAAUGUCUCUGAUGAUAGGAAUCUACUCAAUGAAGUGUUCACAAGGUAAGAGCUCGAAAUGUUAAUGAAACCUGCUAGAAAUAGCAGCCACUGCUGUAUCUCCCUCUUAUCACACUCUGCUGCUUUAUCAAAAGGAGAACAUUAGACAAUUUAGUCCUAGACACACCAAAUAUGGACAGUGUAGGUCACUGCUGGAAUGUCUCUAAUCAUAGGAAUCUACUCAAUAAAGAGUUCACAAGGUGAUGGAAGCCUGCUAGAAAUAGCAGCCACAGCCAUAUGUCCCUCAUGUCACACACUGCUGCCUUUUAAAAGGGAGAAAUGACAUACAUUAGACAUUAGACCCAACUAGGCUCUGCCAUCUAAAUCCUCAACUCCUCUUUUCUCUUCAGAAUAUCAGCCUUCUCGAUUUCCAUGUGACAUGCCACCAUUUGUAACACAUUUGUAUGGCGGCGAGCUAGCAGAAAGGUUAGCACGCCGGGCGAAAUGUGUAGCCGUAUUUCGUCUGUCGUUACGUUCUGAGUUCAAAUUCCGCCGAGGUCGACUUUGCCUUUCAUCCUUUCGGGGUCGAUAAAUAAAGUACCAGUUUCCCACUGGGGUUGAUGUAAUCGACUUAAUUCCUUUGUCUGUCAUUGUUUGUCCCCUCUAUGUUUAGCCCCAUGUGGGCAGUAAAGAAAUACAUUUGUAACACAACUGAUGGUAGUUACAUAAAUGCAUCCCUUUUUUAACAUGUUGCAGUAAAAACCUGUAACAUGCAGUUACUAGAUGUCACUAAGUGAGGACCUGGUUAUGCAUGUUACAUAGCACACAUCACACACCAGAUGCUGUUACUUCCAUUCUGGUCAUGUGAACAGGUCAUACAUUGAUUUUUUUUUUUUUUUCAAAUAUUUUUAUAAUGAAAUCACAUGACCCAGUCACAUGUAACCCUCUACAUAGUUUUUAUCCUGAUUUCUCCUGUUUAUUUAUUUAUUUAUUUUUUUUCUGCUGCCACUAACUUGUAACUAAUCAAGAAUAAUGUUAAUUUAAUCAAUUUGACUGGUUUCAGAGAUCCUCGAUAGGCCCAUGAAUGAACACAGUUCCUUUCCUCUGGACCAAACCAAUAAAUAGAUCAGUCUCAGGCAAACCUAUUAGCCCCCUGAGACAUGCUGAAUGACCACACCUAU